CUGGCAACUUCAACGUGUCCCCAAGCAUUGAUUCUUCAUUCUUCCCUUUUCUGUGGAUAUUGGACAACACACAUUUUCAUCUGAACUGUUUGCGUCGGCAAAAAAAUGGGGAACUUUCAUACUGUUGGACCCAAUGAAGCCCUUGUUAUUUCAGGUGGCUUUCAGAAUGAGAAGAAAUACAUCACGGGUGACUUCGCCUGGGUGUGGUGGAUUAUUUCGGAUGUCCAAAGGAUUAGCUUGAGGAUAAUGACACUACAACCCGUAUGUAGAGACGUGGAGACUGCAGAAGGAGUAGCCCUCACUGUCACAGGCAUAGCACAGGUCAGAGUCAUGCCAGAUGAUGACAAGCUACCUGUGGCCUGUGAGCAAUUCCUGGGGAAGCCUGUGAGUGAGAUUGAAGGUGUUGUUUUGCGAACGAUGGAAGGCCACCUACGCUCAAUCUUAGGGACUCUUACGGUGGAGCAGAUCUAUCAGGACCGAGACAACUUUGCCAAGCUGGUGUCAGAGGUGGCCGCCCCAGACAUCAAUCGCAUGGGUAUCGGGAUUGUCAGCUUCACCAUCAAAGAUGUGGAUGACAGGGUGGAGUACCUCAGCUCCCUGGGGAAGACGCAGACCGCGGCUGUCAAGAGAGAUGCCGACAUCGGAGUGGCAAACGCAGAGAGGGAUGCUGGCAUCAGGGAAGCAGAGUGUAUGAGAGAAAUGACGGACGUCAAGUUCUUGGCAGACACAAAAAUGGCAGACUCCAAACGAGAGCUCGAGAUGCAGCAGGCAGCGUUCAACCAGGAAGUGAACACUAAGAAAGCUGAAGCCCAGCUGGCCUACGAGCUGCAGGCAGCCAAGGAGCAGCAGAAGAUUCGUCUGGAGGAGAUCGAGAUCGAGGUGGUGCAGCGCCGCAAGCAGAUCACCAUCGAGGAGCUGGAGAUCCAGCGCACCGACAGGGAGCUCAUCGCCACCGUCAAGAGGCCCGCUGAGGCCGAGGCCUACAGGAUGCAGCAGCUAGCCGAGGGAGACAAGAUCACAAAGGUACUCACGGCUCAGGCAGAUGCCGAGAAGAUCCGCAGGAUCGGCGAGGCGGAGGCGGCCGCCAUCGAGGCCGUGGGUAAAGCAGAGGCUGAGAAGAUGAGGCUGAAGGCCGAGGCCUACCAGCAGUACGGAGACGCCGCCAAGACGUGCCUGGUCCUGGAGGCCCUGCCCAAGAUUGCCAACAAGGUGGCCGCCCCUCUGGCCAAGACCAGUGAGAUUGUCAUCCUGAGUGGGGACAGCAGCCGCGUGACCGGAGAGGUGAACCGCCUGUUGGCCGAGCUGCCCGUCUCCGUUAACGCCCUCACAGGCGUGGACCUGAACAAGCUCCCUCUACUGAAGAAGAUGAGUAGCACCACUAAGGCUUGAGGCCUGCCUCUCCUCAAUGACACGUCCAUUGGCUUCACUCCCACUGCCCUCAGAAGACUUGAAAACACAAGACGAUUUGUGAACCUCUGGUGCCUUACUCUCCCCAAGACCAAGCUAUCUGCUUACUGCUGCUUUCCGUGAAAAUAACGAGUAGAGUACUUUUUAUUAACAUAUACGUAUGUACAUAAUAAUUAAAUUAUUAUAUACAUAAUUAUUAAAUUAUUAUACUAUUAUACAUAUUAGGGUUGUAUUCAGACUUUUUCAUAGCUGGAAUAGAUAGGACAGUUGAUUUAAUGUAGGAUAUGUACAUAAAACCUGAGGUAAGAAGGGGAGGAGUGAGGUCAUUUUGCACAUGUGAUAAGUUGAAAACAAACCACUCGUAAUACCUGUAAUACUGUAACGUGUACUAUAGUGUGCCUAUUUAAUGUGUUUUAUUUAUUUCAAGGAUUUUAUUGGAACUGGUUGUCAUGAUGUAAGCCAUGUGCAAUAUGAAAACUUUGUUCAACAGAAACUUAGCAGUUUUCAGUGAUAUAAUGACCUUGGAGUGAGGGUUUGUUUUUCAGCCUUGUCAUUUGCAGAAUUUGUUCUCUGUUAUAGGGGGGAAGGAGAAAUGAAUCCAUGGUGGUGGUUAUCUACAUUAUUUUGUCUUACUUGAGUUCAUAACAUUAUUUUGCAUUUUCACAAAAUACAUUUUCUCACACGUGAAUUCAUCGUCAUAAACUAAAAUGGCAGCUUAUUCAGUUGGUUGUUGGCAUUGGGCCAUUGUAUGUGAUUUUGAUAUUACUCUGUACAAAUCCUAUUGUAAUAAAUAAAUAUUUAUACUGCACGUAA